AAUAUAAGUGCUUGAGCAGAGAGACCAUUUUAAUCAUCUUAAGCUGCCUUCUACUAACACAUGGCUUGGAAACUAAUGAUGGUGGUUUCCAUGCCAAAGGCUAUAGAAUUAUUUGUUUUUCCCUGACAUUCAUGUCCCUUUCAGGUGGAGGGAGGAUCUAGGACAAUGGCUGGUGCUCAUGAUUUGGAGAUGGAGAGUGUGAAUCUGAAUAUGGAGAGAGAGAUGAAAGAAGAGCUGGAGGAAGAAAAGAAAAUAGGAGAGGAUGGGGGAGGUAAGGCUCUCUCCAAAGAUAAAAAAGUUCACAGGAUUGUCUCAAAAUGGAUGCUUCCUGAAAAGGUACGAAGAACAUACUUGGAAAGAGCUAACUGCUUCCCACCCCCUGUGUUCAUCAUCUCCAUCAGCCUUGCAGAGCUGGCAGUGUUUAUUUACUAUGCAGUGUGGAAGCCUCAGAAACAGUGGAUCACCUUGGACACCGGCAUCUUGAAGAGCCCCUUUAUCUACUCUCCCAACAAGAGGGAAGAAGCCUGGAGGUUUAUCUCAUACAUGCUAGUACAUGCUGGAGUUCAGCACAUCUUGGGGAAUCUUGUUAUGCAGCUCCUUUUGGGCAUCCCCUUGGAAAUGGUCCACAAAGGCCAUCGAGUGGGGCUGGUGUACCUGGCAGGAGUGAUUGCAGGGUCCCUUGCCAGUUCCAUCUUUGAUCCACUCAAAUAUCUUGUGGGUGCUUCAGGAGGAGUCUAUGCUCUGAUGGGAGGCUAUUUUAUGAACGUUUUGGUGAAUUUCCAAGAAAUGAUUCCUGCCUUAGGAAUUGCCAGACUACUGAUCAUCAUCCUUAUAAUUGCAUCAGAUAUGGGAUUUGCUCUCUACAGAAGAUUCUUUGUCCCUGAAAACAGGUCACCGGUGUCUUUUGCAGCCCACAUUGCAGGUGGAUUCGCUGGAAUGUCGAUAGGAUACACUGUGUUUAGCUGCUUUGAUAAGGCACUGCUGAAAGAUCCAAGGUUUUGGAUAGCAAUUGCUGCUUAUUUAGCUUGUUUUAUAUUUGCUGUGUUUUUCAAUAUUUUCCUAUCACCAGCAAACUGAUCUGUCCCAAAUAUAAGUCAAUUAAUAAAAAGAGACAUCUGGGGGGAAAAAAUGGAGAACUCUAUCAAGAAACAGAAAAGCUCUGGCAAAUGCUAACAAUUUUACAAAGAAGACAAAACACAACCCAACUCAUAAGCUGCAGGGACUGUGUACAAAAAAAAACUUAGGGCUUAAGGAAGGGCCUUCUGAAAGCAAAGAGUGGGAAGAGGAAAAGAGAAAAUGGGAGGGAAUAAAAACCAGAGAUUGGGUCUUUCCCAGGCAUAUGGUAUGCAUGUAUGUAUUGUAUGAAAGAGACUUGUUCUCCUUCGAAGAUAUAUUCUAGAGAUUGCUUGAUAGAAUCCAUGAAUACUAUCCUAUAACAAAAACUUGCCAUACCUGUGUCAGACUCUUGAUAAUCACUUUUAGAUAGAUCAUUGUUAGAGAUGCUUUAUAUACAUUAUUGCCAAUCUUUCUGACAUCCCAGGAAGGCAGAUAUUACUCUGUAUCUUAGAGAUGA